AUGCUACCUUCUUCCCCGUCCCAACGAUGCUAUGAUCGUUUCAGUGUUCUGGAUAGCGUGCAAGAAGAAGGGCUUGUGCCUGUGUUUGCGCUUCUGAAAGAAAUCUUAAAGAGAGACAUCCUCGAGGCGAAUCAACUUACUGACGCUUUGGACACGAUAUCCAACAGUCUGCGCGGAACCUCUGGAGUCGCUGGCGACUAUGGCAUGUUACAAACCUGUGUGCAAGAACACCCAGACUUCUUUACUCGGACGUGGCCGGCCAUCUGCCGAGCCGCACUUCAAAUGCCGGAGCUCUUUCCAGAAGGCGGUAUUCGAGCUCUUGAUAGAACGAACACUAGACAUAGACUGUCACGAAGACAAUGUGCUUGCUUGAUUGCGCAUCAAUUCCUGUGCAGCCUCCCGCCCCCUCCAUGGCGAGACGGGUUCUACGACUUCAGCGUCUGGUAUGCUUCGUCCCAGCGCCACCCCAUCGCCGUCAAAAUUUAUCUAUCAGCCCUUUUCACCUACUUUGAUCGCCUCCAGGAGGAGCUAGAAGAGACAUCCUGGAAGGAGAGGCGGUGCCAGGAUGGUAUUUUGGGUUGCGUAGAGUACUCUCUUCAUUCUCUAAGCAGCUCCGAAACGUGCAUGCCGGAGACGUGGAGUGCCAUCAGUCUCGCUCCGUUGAGAGUAGAAGUGGUGGAGAGGUUCAAUACCGAAUAUCAGGAAUGUCGUUGGCAAGAAGGUGCAGUGGUUGUGUCUGCUAACAAGGACAUCGGCUUUGGCCAGUCCGCUACGCAAGAGGAGGUCUUCAUGGGCAACUCUCCGGAAGCGUGCGUGGCUGUGUUGAUCACGCCCACUUUGGCAGAUGACCAAGUGUUGGUCGUGCGCGGAGCAGCGCCCGUGUUCCGGAUCUCCGGCUGCCGCCGUAACUUAACGGCGUCUGUCAUCAAGGGCGAGACCGAUCAGGAGAUCCAUGUGGACAGGCGUGGGGGCGGCAUGAUGCUCCUCAUGGAUGCUCUGGAACUGGACGCCACCAGUGGCAGCAGUAGUAAUGCCAUUGGUGACGUUACUGAUGGAAUAUUGCCGGAUCUUCGGCGUGGAAACGUCGACCGAGAAGUGCGCAAAGCCUACACAGCGUUUUCAGCUUGGGGCGACAAGGAGUAUCAGCAGACCGUGUGGUCAGGUCUGUGGGGUUGCGGCGCUUUUGAUGGAGACCCGGGUAUCAAGACGAUAGUGCUGUGGAUCGCGGCGUCUCUUGCUGGCAAAAAGCUCUGUUUGGUCUGUGACGGUUCUCAUGACGGUUUUUCCCAACAGCUGAAUUGCCUCAUCGCUUCGUCCGCGUCGUGGACGGUAGCAGAUCUCAAAAAGCGAAUAGACAACAUACCGCGCACUGUGGGACGCAUGGACACUAUGCGAUGGUUGGUACAACCUGUAGAGCGUCUACCUGACUGA